GUCAUUGAGAUAAAAUGACAAAUAGAUCGUGAAAUUUAAGUACUGUGAUUGUGAAUGUUUCUUCAUUCAUUUUAACAUACCAGUUUCUAGAAGACAAUAUUUGUAACGAUUUUAAAUAGUUUAAGGUUAAAUUCAAGUUUUACAAAAUAAAUUACCAUAGUUUCAUAAAAAAAUUGCUUUGACAAAAGUUGUCUUUCUUUCUAACCAAAAUUUCAUGUUGCUGUUGAGCUGCUGUCGAGAAAUGAUAUAUUUUUCAAUUACCCAAAGGUUAUACUAAAUAUUUGGAUGUAGUAGAUGAACUGUUUAGUUAGAGUGACUGUGUGUUAUAUUGGAAAUAAAGUUACAAGUUGUUUGUGUCUUCUGAAUUUGAAGUGUUCUGGUAGUUGGAAUUGGAAACGCAUUCAAGUAGUAAACAUGGGACUGCUAUCGGAAGGAACCCCUUUGACAUGGGAGGAGACGAAGGCGAAGGCGGAGCAUGUGCGGGAGCAUGGUAUCGAGCAGUUCAUCAACUUAUAUGCAAAACUUCGAGACCGCACUGGCGAUGUACUCAAAUGGGGAGAUGAGGUGGAGUACAUAAUAGUUAAGUUUGAUGAUGAGAACCAACGUGCAACAGUCAGUUUGAGAGCUGGAGACGUACUACCGAAACUACAAGAAAAAGAACUGGAAAACCCACAAACGGUAAAGUCGCUGUGGCGCCCCGAAUACGGUGCAUAUAUGGUGGAAGGCACGCCUGGCAAGCCGUAUGGCGGCCUCCUGGCGCACUUCAACAUCGUCGAGGCCAACAUGCAGUAUCGCCGGGCUGAAGCCAGCACACUACUCAAAGACGGCGAAGUCAUUAUGAGCAUUACUAACUUUCCUAGGUUGGGUUGUCCAAACUUCACGAGCCCGCCGUACGCGCCGAACCCGCGCGACAGCGUCACCAAGUCGCACUUCUUCCCCGAUGAGGCCAUCUACCCCGAACACCCGCGCUUCAAGACCCUCACCCGGAACAUCCGAGAGAGGAGGGGCGAGAAGGUCGCGAUCAAUAUACCGAUCUACAAAGACGUAAACACGAAGAUCCCGGUGGAGAAUUGGCACGAGGUGGAGAAGGGCGCGGCCAAGCCGGACUGCGUGUACAUGGACGCUAUGGGCUUCGGCAUGGGCUGCUGCUGCCUGCAGCUCACCUUCCAGGCCUGCUGCAUCACCGAGGCGCGCACGCUCUACGAUCAACUCGCGCCGCUUUGCCCAAUUAUGCUAGCGCUGUCAGCGGCGUCGCCGGUGUACCGCGGAUUCCUAACGGACGUGGACUGCCGCUGGGACGUAAUCUCGGCCUCCGUGGACUGCCGCACGCGCGAGGAGCGCGGCCUCGAGCCGCUCAAACACAACAAGUUCCGCAUACACAAGUCCAGAUACGACUCUAUCGAUUCUUACCUCUCGCCGCAACAUGAGAAAUACAACGACAUUCCAUUAGUUCACGACGAGGCGAUCUACAAGCGCCUGCGCGACGGCGGCAUCGACCACCCGCUGGCGCUGCACGUGGCGCACCUCUUCAUACGAGACACCAUCUCACUGUUCAGCGAGCGAGUUAACCAGGACGACAAGAAUGAUACCGACCAUUUUGAGAACAUCCAGUCGACGAACUGGCAGACGAUGCGGUUCAAGCCGCCGCCGCCCAACUCAUCGAUCGGCUGGCGCGUGGAGUUCCGCCCGUGCGAGGCGCAGCUCACUGACUUCGAGAACGCCGCCUACGUCUGCUUCGUCGUGUUGCUCACCCGCGUCAUACUCUCCUACCACUUGAACUUCGUCAUGCCGAUUAGCUUGGUGGACGAGAACAUGCAGCGCGCGCAGCGGCGCGCCGCGUGCCUGUCGGAGCGCUUCUGGUGGCGCCGCGACGUGGGCGCGCCCGCCAAGGUGGCGCCUGCCGCGCCCGACGCCCCGGACCAGUACGCCGAGAUGACCGUCGACGAAAUUGUCAAUGGAAAGGACGGCGUUUUCCCGGGCCUGAUCCCGUUGAUCGAGUCGUACCUGUCGGGCAUGGACGUGGACGCGGACACGCACUGCUCGGUGCAGCAGUACCUCAAGCUGAUCCAGCGCCGCGCCAACGGCGAGCUCUCCACCAUGGCGCAGUGGAUGCGCACGUUCGUCACCACGCACCCCCACUACAAACAAGAUUCCGUCGUGUCGGAAAAAAUAAACUACGACUUGCUGAAGACGGCGUACGGCAUCCAGACGGGCACGAUGGCGGCGCCCACGCUGCUCGGCACCAGCUCCAUGUCCAAGACCAACGAAGACAUUCCCAAGGCGUUCACCAACAUGAUGAACAAAGACUGCCCGUAACCGCGGCGGCCUCUCCGCCCGAGAGCAUUUAGUCGCUUUAGGAUAGGUAGGUGAAAGCAGAACUAGUGUCAGCAUCAAGACGUCACGUAUCGUACCGGUUAGCUAGGGAACCAAGCAAUAACUUUGAGGACGUGUAGAAAAAAAUACACAAAUAUUUUGCCGUUACGUAAAUUACUUCGGGGCAAAGGUUUUCGACAUUCAAAAGCCUCGGUUUUCGUGUGUAGUAAAUUGUGUAUAAUUUUGGUCACGAUAAAGAAAACAACAUAUUAGAAAACGAUAAAUGAAGUACUUUGCCUACCUAUCCUAGAGAAUAGUAACGGCGUCUGGUGCCUUCUCUGUUGCAAGUACACUCGUCUAUGAACGGGUGUUGCUAUGAAACUUAGCGUUGCCUUACUUACUUUAUGACAAGAUGCUUAUGAAGGCUCUGUAAGUGUGUAUGUGAUAAAUCCAUUUAUAACAGUAGUUAUAAUACAGCUCUUGUUAAAUUGUUCAGCCGUCGUCAAAUUUGACUUUACCAAAAUGCAAGUUUAAUUAUCGUUACCUGUGUGCAAUUUUCAAAAUAGACAUCGGGUGAAUUUUUGUUAUAUCGUUACUAGGUAUAUUUAGUGAAUAGGUCCCGCACCGUUAUCCGUACCGUAAUAAAUCUUUGUGAUAAUGACAAUUUACGCACUUACGUGGGCACUUUAUAAGUCAAAAAUCAACGAUUAAUGUAUCUAUAAAAUAUAAGUAAAAAGUUUAAAGAAACCUGUAUUUAAUAACAUAGUGGGUCUAGAGUAGGGUACAGUUAAAUUACAAGUCCAUUUAAAUAUUCGAAUUAUCAACCGAAGUCCGAAUUUACAAAUGCCCCAAGUUAGAACCCCAGUUUUAUAAUCGGUACGUAGCACUAAGUGAUUGCAUUUAGGACAGUAUUAAAUUGUACGUAACAUUCUCACAAAGUAGUUCCUGAAUGAUAUUGUAAGAGCAUGGUUGUGGUUAUGAAGGUAUCCUUCUGUUUAGAGACUAGUUCGAAUGUGAUGAUCUAAAAAUGAAUUGCAAUAUAAUUCUCAAUACAAACUUAAGUAAUUAUGAAUUCAAUACUCCAAGUAUAUUGGACUCCGAAUGUAUGAUUUCUGGUGAACUACUUUAGCAUUCCUCUUGGGGACUGAUUGUUCCCAGGUUUAUUGCUCAGUUACUACCAUUUAUUGGCUAAAUACGAUGUUAUCUGGCUUGCUCGAGGCACAUGGUAACCCUGUGAUAUAGUUUAUUGACAGCCUUUUUAGUGCCUCUCCAGUUAUUCAAGUAAAUAUGUACGCAAUAUUUGUUUAAAUACAGUAAUAUCUGUUUUAAAUUGUUAGUUUGUAUUGUUGCAUAGUGAUGCCAGAUAUGCCUAUGUCAAUGCGAGCAUCGUAAAUCAUCAUCUUAAUUGGUACUUAGUAACUAUUUGGAAAUAUAUGCUUUAAAAUAAACGAUUCGGUAUGUGGAAGUAAUCGUUAUUGGGGUAAUGGAUAAAAUUAAUUAGUUCCUUGAAUCAGUGACCACUGGUACUUAGAUCGUAGUUGGUAAUAAGUUUAGAAUCUUGGUCACCAACAUUUAUAAUAAGCACAAAUAGUUUUCGGACAUUUAUUUUUAUAUACUACGUAUUUUAAAAGGUGUGUGCUUUGAUUAUAUCUUUAAUUUCACGGGAAACAACGAUAUUAAAUUGUUGCGUAUGUUGUUUUGUUUAUUGUUAAUAUUUUUUUAUUUAGUACAACCAUUUUAAUUAAAUAUUAUAUAUACAAAUAAAGUUAUGUAAUUGUU